AUGUCUCGGCAGACCGAACCGGGCGUCCUCCAUCGUCGACCGGCGGCGGCCGUGGUGACGAGUCAUCCAGUAAAGGCUGAGGAGAACAACACUUCCGGUGUUGAGGACGACUUAGUCGAAGAGGAUCAGCCUGAACACGAAACCAAUACUGACCCGGACAAUAUAUAUAAAUCAAUUAACCUUGACCAAGAAAUCAACAUAAACACUGUACUCUCUCAAACCCAGAAUGGAAAUGGUUUGAUCGAACUGCUAUUGGAAGGAAAAAACCCGACCGACAAAAUGAUCACACAGAUUACGCACAUUCUGUGUGAUUGUUUAUUGACACUGUACGGAGAGAGACCAUCAACAUUCCAUAAAGAUGUUAUUGCACGAUCCCUCGUGAAAACGUAUCCCAUCCUGGCUUCUUCUGCAUCCGAUGUUCCACACGCUUUGUGGUUCCAUAUCAAUGGUCGCGGUGAAGGCCGACAUGCUGGAAAGAUCCAUUAUCGGAUGGAAUAUUUCGCAAAAAAAUCCAACAAAAGGGUUUUUCAUCGGCGACAGCAAGCGAUAGAUGAUGCAGUAAAAUCUGAGCAACCGGAGAUGACGGAGGGUGUUGAAGAAGACAUGGAAGGCAUAAUCACCGAAUUAAAGUUUAUCGUGCCGUCGGAUCAAUCCAAGACCCACAUUCUGAACCUUUGGAGCAAAACCAUAAAGAUUCGGAAUGAACAUAGAAACGAAGGGACCUUCUUGACGUUUUUGAACGAUUUUCCGGUGGCCUCGGGUUUCGGCGGCUUGCUGAUUGCUCAGGAUUAUAAAAUACUUUAUCUUAAGGCAGCUGAGUUUGAAGAAUUUUGGAAUGCUAUGCAACCCAAAAUUUUGAAUCGCUACCCUGAUGUAUACCGCUUCAUCAAGAAUGAUUUUCUGAGAGCCCUCGCAAUCGUGCGACAAAAAAAUCCAACACGUGGCACGAAACAGACAAGGGAAGAACAACAGGACCUUCACCUGCGAAAGAUGAACCCGCUUCACGGUAUAAUACAAUGGAUCAAUCCUGAUAAGAGUAUGCCGAUUUUGACCAUUCCCCAAAUAAUUGUUGUUGGAGAGGAGUUUGAGCAAGGUGUUUGCUACGUUGUUUGGAAUAAUGUUAUAUUUGAGACAGAGACGAAUGUUGUCCAGGCUUUCACUAUUUUGUGUAAGCUGUUUGCAGUGGGCAAUGUAACAUGUGCGCCAUCCGACAAGCUUUUUUAUGGAUUUUUCUCGGCGGCUUGCCUUCGAGUUGAGAAAAUGAGUACAACCGCCAACAAGUUUUUGGAUUUCCUAUAGUUUUGAAGCAUUUUUAUUGCUUUUUCAACAGGUUAUUCUAAAUUAGAAAGAAAUGCACACCUGGUAACACGUUUUUUUUUUAUUUCUGUUUAGUUACCGUUGAUUUAUUUUCGUUUCAUUCUUACUUCAAAAUUACCUGAAAACACCGUUGAUUCAUUUUGUUUGUAAUAAUAAUUAUUGUUUCGUAAAUAAAAAUAAGUAUUGAAAAUGA